ACACUUUUGUUUCGAAAAUUUUGUUCCGAAAAUUGUGACACUUCACCUUGCCGUACUACUAUAGUUUGCGUACGUUUAGAAAACCACAGAGCAAAACAGAUGUUUUAUGACAUCUAUCAAAGCCUUGUAUUUUCGCUAUGGGUGACCGAAAGAAGCUUUCAAGUUCAGUGUGUAGUGAUAAUGAAGACCAAAUCGAGAAAGAUGCGGAGAAGGCUUACAAAAACAUGUCUGUAGAAGCUCGAGUGUUUGGAAAUCUCGUUACCGGUGUUGAUGAUGAGGAAUUUGAACACGUCUGGGAAGAUGAGUCAGGUCAUAGUUCAGAAAAAUCAACCCAGAAACAGUCCAAAUCUUUAAGAGAAAGAAAGGACGAGGUGUACAGUGCUUCAACCGAUAGUCGAAGGGAUAGUGCUGCAGGCAGUACUGGGAUUUUGUCCCCCUCCAGCUUGGCUGGAUUUCAAACUGUCUCCUUAUCAGCUUUGCCAGGGAGCAGGUUAAGAAUUGAAAGGGCUUCCUCUGGAACAUCAAGUGAGGCUUCCAACAGUUCCAAUGAAACCGGUCAUAACACUGCCAUAUCUAAUCAUGAUUCAGCUGUGAUUGCUGCAAGUCAAAUGAAACCACGUGGCCUAGGAGGGUCUGGAAAUAAACCUGAAAUACUUGCUAUGGCUAAUCAUGUGAAUUCUUUAGAACAAGCCCAAGCUGAGUGGAAGAUGGUGGAAAAUAUUCAGACUGGGGGAAGUGAGACAGUUACAAGAUCUCCAGAAGUCCGGUUUUCUGAUGCACUUGAACAUUUUUGCAACUGCAGUUACCUUGAACAACACAUGUCACACAUCAAACCCACAGUACGUCAUAAAGGUUGUGCUGCCCUCACCCAUACACUGUUUGGACCACCAAGAAUGAAGAAGCAGUUAAACAAUGAACGAAAUCUUGUUUUUGCGCUUGCCUUAUGUAUGUUUGAUAAUGAUGAACAAAUGCACAACCAUGUGUUACAAACUAUAUAUAAACGCUUGGCAGGGACUAAGCUGGAUUGUCCACGUUAUGGAAAUCACUGGCAAGUCAUAGGUUUUCAAGGUAUGGACCCAUCUACAGAUCUUCGUGGAUGUGGUUUCCUUGGGUUAAUGAAUAUAUUAUAUUUGGUAACUGAACCCCGCGCACAUGUGCUUGCCACAAAUAUUUACAAACUUUCACUUCAUGAAACUCAGAAUUUUCCAUUCAGUGUUAUGUCCAUUAAUAUCACAAGAAUAGCUCUUCAAACUCUGAGAGAAGGAAAGCUCAACAGGGAAUGCAACAACAGGGGAACAGUAUUCGACGUCUUCAACGAAUUCUACGCUGGUGUAUUCUACAGGGUUUAUACGGUGUGGAAAAAUCAGAGAAAAACUAUAUCUGAUUCAGGAUUCGUGUUACGUGAAAUUGAAAAGUAUUGUAAAAAUCACACCAACGAGGUAUUACGAGACUUCUCUAAAGCCGUACUAGAGAAGAAACCCGCCGCAGUGAAGCAUGAAGAGAGCUCGACGUUUUCACGUAAUGGUUCAGAAAAGGUCGAGAGUUUCUCGGGAGUGUGUGAGAUUCAAGAAAAUGAAGAAGAAGAGGUUCAUUUGGUGUGAAGUUAAUCCAUGAUGGCUCAGUUGCUUCUAGUAACUUGCUUCUUUCUUAAGUUUUCCAAUCCAGAAUUGUUGUUUUAUGUGCAAACAUGAGCGGAUGUGACCUUGUAUUGAACGUGUUUUCAGAACGCUGUCGUUUCUUUGACAAAUAUGUAUCCAAAUCACUAAAAAAAAGAAGCAAGUUACGAAAAUUUUAUGAAGUUAUCGUUAUCAAGUAUGAUAAUAAUAGCAAUAGGAACUAGCUUGUGAACGUCUCUAAAUUAUU